AUGGCGGGCAACAACAGUUCCUGUUACAUGGCUUACACCGCCACCAAAUAUUUUAAAAUCCCUGUGUACUGCCUGGUGGUGGCUGCUGGCUUGCCUCUGAAUUGCCUGGCACUCUGGGCCUUAAUAUCUCAGAUGAAGAGAUCUGUCAUCCUCUCCGUCUAUGUCCUGAAUCUGAUCUUGGCCAACCUCUUGCAGAUCUCGAUGCUCCCCUUUUGGAUCUACUUCAGUUACAACGAUCACUACUGGGCCCUGGGGGCGGCAGCAUGCCUGGUUGUCCGACUGGCCUUCCGCACCAACUUCUAUGCCAAGAACAACUUCCUGUGCCUCAUCGCCAUGGAACGCUACUUCGGUCUCAUCCAUCCUUUCACUUUCCACAGACUGCAGACCAUGCACGGCGCUAUUAGGCUGAGCGUUGCUACGUGGCUUGCGGUGGCUGUUUUGUGUGUCGUUGGCAUCCUGCUGGAGACUGAUGUGUCAGGGAAUUGGCACAAGAGCUGCCUGGACGGCUCCUGCGUGCAAAAAGACUACGCACACUUCAAGUUGGCAACCAUGAGCCUGUCCUUCUUUCUGCCUUGUGUUCUAAUGGGGUUCUUCUACUUUAGGGUUUUGUUUGAGCUUCGAAAGGUGGAAUCUCUGGAGAAGCGAGUCAAAAAGCAAAUCUAUGGUUUCAUCUCCCUCAUCAUCGCCUCCUUCUUCCUCACCUGCGUCCCUUAUCAGGUGACUUCCUAUUAUAAGUACUUCUGGGAAUUGAGACUAAAGGAUGAAGAGAUGUGUGCGUUUGAGAGCUAUAUUUUCGAUUACACAAACACAACUUUAUGUCUGACCACCUUGGGCAACAUCUCGGAUCCUCUUCUUUACAUCCUGCUUCUCAAAGAGGUUCGGGAAGACCUCAGAGGUCUCUUCCGGAUCAAGGAUCACAAGGCAGGAAUCUCGUACAUGUUGGAAGGGCGAAAUCUCCCUCCACAUACAGCCACUGAAGGGGCAUGUGACCACCUUGGGACACAAUAA